UCAACAUAUUAGAACCUUAGUAUGCCGACAGAUACAUUUCAGAAUUAGAUAUUCGUUUUUUAGGGUUUUUUCUAAUUUAUUUUUUGAACCUUUUCUUUAAUAACUUACCAUUGUUGAGUCUAAUUAAAAUUGAUAUAGUGAAAAAUUCUGCAGUGUAAACCACAGAUAGAGAUAGUUCGAGAUGGCAGAAAAAUCCAAUGAAAAGGUGUUUGAUCCAUAUGAGGCCCGUGAAGUGGAAAAACCCUUAUCAAAUUGCGAUGCGUUAUUAUCGCUGCUGAAGUGUGUGGUCGGAACCGGUUGCUUGGCCCUGCCCCUCGCCUUCUUCUACGUUGGCUAUGUGGGCGGCAUCAUUCUGACGAUCGUUGUCACAGCCCUUUUAAUUUAUGGAUUGCAACUACUGAUACGUUGUAUGGUAGAGUCUAGUCGUCGGAACAUGGUCGGCUAUAUGACCUUUCCAGAGACAAUGUCAUAUGCAAUUUCUGUAGGGCCGAAGUGCUGUCAUUGGGCCUCAAAGUGCUCUGGGCAUUUAGUAAAUGGUAUUCUGAUAUUCUCCCACUACGGUGUGUGCGUGGUUUAUAUCGUGUUUGUAAGCGUAAAUGUGAAGCAAGUUAUUGACCAUAACUGCAAGGAAUUGGAUGUCCGGCUUUAUUGUUUCAUAGUAGGAAUGUUAUCAUUACCACUAUUUCUACUGCGGCAUCUGAAGUACUUGGUGCCCACAAAUAUAAUUGCCAAUAUUUUGAUGUACACUGGUUUUGGAUGUAUCUUUUACUAUUUUUUUACAAAUUUACCUCCCAUUAAAGAUGUCGAGCUUUUUAAUUAUCAGCUUCCAUUGUUUUUUGGCAUCCUGCUGUUUGCCACUUCGUCCGUGGGCGUGAUGCUUGCCAUCGAAUCGAAAAUGGCCAAACCACGGGAUUAUCUGGGCUGGUUCGGGGUUCUGAAUCGCGGAGCAGUGUUUGUGGCUCUGACAUAUAUAAUAUUUGGAUUCAUGGGGUAUUGGCGCUAUGGUAGUAUUGUGGCGGCUAGUGUGACUUUAAAUAUGCCCACUAGUGAAGCGCUGGCGCAGGUUAUCAAACUGUUCAUUGCGAUAUCCGUGUUCUUCACGUUUCCGUUGAGUGGAUACGUUGUUGUCGAUAUCGUGUGCAAUCAAUAUAUUGCAAAAAACCACAAUCCCAAGAACCCGCAUAUGAUAGAAUACAUAUUUCGCGCUUGCUUCGUGAUUGUGUGCACAGCUAAUGCAAUCGCUUUCCCCAAUUUGGGUCCACUCUUAGCUUUGGUUGGAGCAUUUUCCAUAUCGCUACUGAAUAUCAUUUUUCCGUGUUGGAUUGAGAUUUGCCUCUUGUAUGGCUCAUCGUAUGGCCCUGGAAAAUGGAAACUGGUUAAAGAUAUAAUAAUAAUUAUAAUAGGGUUGGCUAUUCUUGUAUACGGAACUUAUUCGGCUAUCAUGGAUAUGAUACGCGAGUAUGGCGGUAGUAGUGAUGCUGUCGCUGAUAAUAGCAAAAAAACCAAGGGACCCGAAGAUUUAGAAGAUGAACUAAAUGCAGCUACCAUAAAUGAUCCAAUUAUUGAUAAUAUAACUCCCGAAAAGCAAUUUUACUUGUGAUUGUAGAUUGCAACAAAGUUGAUCCUGACAACGUACAGAAAUCCAGAAACCCACAUACAACUCUAUAAAUAGUCUCUUCAAAGAGAUCAGUGCAUAUUUUAUCUAUAUUAUGAGGUGUUACCGUCGUCGUUUGAUUUCAAAAUUCGACGAGGGAGCACAGAAAAUACUAGAUAUAUGGCCUCCUUCUAUUUCCUGCACCCAAACUUAGGAUAACCAGCUCAGUUUUGGCUUUUAUGUUUCAGCUUCGUGCCCUACAAGAAUCCACAACUGAUGUAAGCAACUUGUACUACUUAUCCAGUAUAUCAUCGAAAAGGUCAUUUGUCCAUAAUGAUUUGUGUGCGUUUCUUAUUUUGACUCUGAUCAAAGCAUGCUCCACCAUAUUGCUCCAUCUUGCACCAUCCAGCUUACUUCGAACAGCCGCGCAGGCGCUAUAAAUUGGCUAAAGAGCUCAGCUUCAGCGAGGCCGUGCAUUUGGUUAUUUCGAAUGGAGUUUGCAUAACCAGAUUGAGCAACAUCCUCUCGAUUGUGACAAUCGAGUGUCUUUGUUUAUCCAGAAUACAUACCUCACCAUAGUAAAGGAUAUGGACCCUCGAAAGAUUCGGCUAUGGCGCUCUUUGCUUUUCAUCAUUUUAGGUGUCUGCAGAGGCAUUGCUGGCACUAUGGGCUUAGUAGCAUCCAACAAGGAAAAGAAUGAAGGCUUAAAGUUUCAAUUUAUACCAAUAUACGUUAAUAUUGUAGUAAAUUGAGUUAGUAUUUAA